CUCGAGGAAUCAGCCGUUCAUUGAUCCUGUAAUGGAUUUUGCAAGCUCAACUAUGACUGGACCAACCAUUACUGGUAUGAUUGGCCUCCUUUCCCUUCUGCAUUUUAUUAUGGUAAUGAUAUGAUGAUUUUUAGUAGGUAGAUCGCACUUACCAAAAUGCAUUACCUUGAACAGAAUACAUACAUAUAUCUUAUAAUGUAAGAUAUUGAUAUCUGUUGGGAGAAGGCAAUUGACAUGAGUGAAGUGUCAGUUAGGUGUUAGGCAGUAAAAAAAGAUGUUAAUAUAGAAAACUAGUAGUCUCACUUAACUUUCUCCUAAUUCUCGUCUUCCUUUUGCUUUAUACCAUAUGUUUAUUACAGGACAAUCUGCUACUUAAACUGUGGGUUGCUGUUGGAUGUAGUUCAUGCAAAAACUUUCUUCUUUUAUGAAUGGCCGGAGGAGGGGCAGAUCAAAACACUCCUUGUUUAGGAGGGUACAAAAGCACAAUGGACUGCUGCACCCAUGUUUCUGACCAAAAUCAUCACAGGCUGAGCAUUGAGGCUGCAAGCUUUGGAUCCCCCAAGCUGCCCAAGGCCGUAGCCCCGGUUUCAGUUUCGCCUGCACCGGAAGGCGAAUGUGUCAGGCGCCCUAGGGGAAGGCCAGCUGGCUCGAAGAACAAGCCGAAACCACCAAUCAUCGUCACUCGAGACAGCGCCAAUGCCCUUCGUGCCCACGCAAUGGAGGUCAGCUCUGGCUGCGAUGUUAGUGAGAGCCUAGUCAACUAUGCAAGAAGGAAGCAGCGUGGGAUAUGCGUCCUUAGCGGGAGUGGGUACGUGACCAAUGUUACGCUGCGCCAACCGACCUCAUCUGGAGCCAUAGUGACCCUCCAUGGCCGGUUCGAGAUUCUUUCUCUGCUGGGCUCGAUCCUGCCACCUCCAGCACCUUCGGGGAUCACGGGGCUGACCAUCUACUUAGCCGGGGCCCAAGGCCAGGUGGUUGGUGGUGGAGUGGUCGGGGCGCUGAUAGCUUCUGGUCCUGUGGUGGUGAUGGCAGCAUCAUUCAUGAAUGCGACCUUUGAUCGGUUGCCUUUGGAUGAGGAUGAGAUUGCUGCAGCUGUUGUGCAGCAGAAUCAGCAUUACCAGAAUGGGCGUCGCCACCAUCACCUCGAUAUUUCGGAUGUGUGUGGUGGAGUGCCCCAGAACUUGCUGGCUAAUAACCCAACGAACCCUACCGAGAUUUACUCCUGGGCUGCCGGUCGAGCCAUCUCCAAGUCCUAGCUAGCAUGUUUUCAGCUGCUGCCUCGUACUGAGCCAUGAUUUGUUUUUUGUUGCUUUUAAAAUGUACGCUAUGCUCCUCAUACUGAGCCUAAUGAUUUGUUUUUUGUUGCUUUUGAAAUGUAUGCUAUGCUGCCUAUGCAGUGCACCACACGUAAACUAAGAUAUGGAACACAGGAGAUAGCCGGGGGGAAAAAGAGAAAGAUCUUGUGACUUGCACUUUAGAGUGUUAGUAUUAUGAAGCUGUCGCCAGCUCUGAAGUUAUUGUUGUAGAGGAUUAUCGCUCUUGGUGUCUCCCCAUGCCAUGUAGUAGCUUCCAAAUCUGGGAAGUAGGGUAAUACAAGCUUGAGUUUCUA